AAAUGUGUAAACUUCACUUUGUCACAUGGUUUAGUAGGUUGGUUCAACAUCUAGAAACGCUACUCUCUCUUUCUCUCACGGUAACUCUUUAGACUCUGCUUCUGAUAUUUCAAAUGUUCAAACGUGAUUCCAAGUUCUUAACGGAACUGUUGCCCUCAAUGUGAAGCACUACGCCUGAGGAUGAACAAGCUUUCUCUGGGAGAUCAAGCUCCUUCAAGCAAAGUGAACCGCUGGGUGAAUCCAUCCUUCAUAGAUUUGUCAGGGAAAAGCUUUUCUCCAUCUGAAAGGACAAAGGACAGCCAUGUUUUGUGCUCCAAGGCUAAGCCCAAGAGGCCCAGGAAAAGGAAAGGAGAGACUGAUAGCUCAGACUCAAAUUCGUCCUACCUGCCAAAAGAGACAGCCCCAAGGGACCAGGAUGUGCCAUGGGUGGAUAGAUACUUGCCCUGUUCUAAGGCUGAGCUAGCUGUCCACAAGAAGAAAAUAGAAGAAGUGGAGAACUGGAUAAAGGUUCACACAAACACAUUUAAGGGUGGUAUCUUACUGCUGACCGGACCAUCAGGCUGUGGAAAGACUGCUACAGUCCAGGUUUUGUGUCAAGAGCUGGGCCUGAGGGUUCAGGAGUGGACCAACCCCACCAGCCUAGAGCCUUACACCAGCAGUCAGCAUGAGUGGAGGAUGCCCGGCUUGUCCUGUACUUCCCAGUUAGACCAGUUCCAGGAGUUCCUCCUCAGGGCCAACAAGUACAACUGUCUGAAAAUGGUGGAUGAUGGUGACGUUACAGACAUCAAGCUCAUACUCAUUGAGGAUUUCCCAAACCAGUUCUACCGGCAGCCGGGCAGCCUGCAUGAUAUCCUUAGGCGCUUUGCAAAGACCAAUCGAUGUCCCCUGGUGUUCAUAGUAUCAGACAGUCUGAGUGGAGACAGGAGUUCACGCUUUCUUUUUCCCAGAGAGAUCCUGGAGGAGCUGGACAUCAACAGCAUCAGUUUUAAUCCAGUGGCUCCAACCACAAUGAUGAAGGUCCUGACUCGCAUUUCAACCCUGGAGGCAGGAAAGAGCUGUGGGAGGAUGUGUGUGGCAGACCAAGCAGUACUAGAGAUGCUGUGUUCAGGAAGCUCAGGAGAUAUUCGCAGUGCCAUCAACAGCCUGCAGUUUUCCUCCCUUCCAGACAUACCAUUGGAAAAGCAGUGGUGGAAGGUAAUGAAGGACAGACCUGUGGCUUCACUUGGCAGAGAUGUUUCCAGGACAAACCAGAGAAAGAAUAAGGCCAAGCAAGCAAAGGAGCAGGAAGAAGGGCAGGCUAUAGGAGGGAAAGAUGCUUCUCUGUUCCUGUUCAGAGCAUUGGGAAAGAUCCUGCACAGCAAACGUGAGAAUCCUGAAGGUGCUGAAGGAGCUAAAGGUGCCGGUGUGCCUGGUCUACCAACUCACCUCGUUCAACAUCACAGAGAAGCAUUACUGGUACACCCUGAGUUGGUUGUUGAACGGUCACACAUGUCUGGAGAGACCUUCAAUCUGUACCUCCACCAGAAUUACCUGGACUUCUUCUCUGAGGUGGAGGAUGUGGACCGAGCCAGCGAGUAUCUGUCUGAUGCUGACCUCCUUACUGCUGACUGGAUGAGUCGCAGCACCAUGGGGGAUUAUGGGUCUUCAGUGGGCACCAGGGGGCUCCUCCACUCAAAUUCUCAACAAGUUGCUGUUGGCUUCAGACCACUGCACAAACCCAACUGGCUGCUGGUCAACAAGAAGUACCGGGAGAACUGCCUGGCUGCUCAGUGCCUGUUCAGGAGCUUCUGUUUGAUACCAGUCAGCCUCCAGACUGAACUGCUGCCAUACCUAGCCAAACUCACCAACCCAAUGAGGAACCAAGCUCAGAUAGCUUUUAUCCAGGAUGUGGGCCACAUGUCACUGAGGAGGUUCCCUGGCAGGUUAAAACUGGAGACCCUAACAGACAAAGAGCCAGGCCAGCUGGUGUUAAACAGUGGGGAGGAGGAGGACAAAGAGGAAUGUCAGGAAGGAGGUGAAGAGGGUCUGCCAGCCAGUCAGCCCCAACCUACUACAAGCCAAAGUCUUCAGGAGGAGGACCUGAUGAUAGAGGAAUACAACAGUGACUAGCACACACAAUCAUGCUUUACAUCAGUCAUACUGUGAGACCGUUUCAUCAUUGAGUUUUUUGUUGUCUGAAUUUACUGAGUUAUGGGCCUGCAUGGAGGAGGAUUGGAACAAUUUAAUAUAUUCAGAUCUGAGACUAAUGUUAGAAAUCUGAGGAGAAAAAAAGUCUGUUUUAAAUUCUGAGAGUUAUAUCACAAUUCUAAGAAUAAAGUUGGUACACUGUCAGUCUUUUGAAGUUUUCUUCAUCGUAAGAUUAAUGUUAAGAGAAAAAUGAUUUUUACAUGGCCCUGAUCCUCCUCUGUGGUGUAAUGAUGAAGCUCUGGUGUCACCAGUUUUGUUGCCUCAGUGAGGGGUCAUCUGCAUCCAAUAUGAUCAUUUUUAAGCAAAUUCAUUUUGUUUCUGAACUGAGUCAUUAAUGUGACUCUGUAGCUCUACACAGGAUCAUAAUACUAUUAAAGGAUGGGUUUCCAUUUUUUCAAGUGUAUCAUAUGACAAUAUAAUAUUUUUAUUUUGGUUGCUGUAAUCAUUCCCCUUGUCCAUAUUGACUUUGAAGAGACCCCCAGUUCAGGUAAAGCUACUGUGGCACUUUGAUUUUACUCAUUCAAACUGCUAAAGCCUCAUAUUGGUAUCAUAUCAUAUUAUUCUUUUUUUGCUCUGUGCAUUUUGUUCCCCAUCACUUCAUGGUAAUUGUAUUAGGAUAGGAUCUGUUCAACUCGCUUAUGGGUGUGUGAAUGUAGUUUUUAAGGCUGGAUAAAAAAAAUGUGACCCUGUGAAAAAUGGGAAUUCCUUGUAAUAAUUUGCCAAAGUGACCCUCACAUUUCAGUUCUACCAGCUGAAAUAUUGUUAGUAUUUAUUUGUUUUAAGUGUACAGCAGGCACUUGUUUUUUCCAAUUCACGUUUUUUUUUUCUUUUGUUGUGCAGCUGUAGAGAAAGGCAGAGUUCAUUGAACCAGGAGUAAGCUGUGAUAGAGUGCUCAGCAUUUAAUUGAUAUCCUUUUUGUACUGUUUCCUGUGGUUGGAAAAUAAUAAUUGUUACAUUGAAUGCUUAUUGAAGGACAUACUGUGUAAAUCUAAAUAAGUAUGUGAAUAAAACUAUGUGUGUAAACCUGA